AUGGCACCCAGUUUUGACUGUGUUUCGGGCCUCCUUUGCUCCGAGGACAGCACCGUUUUCGACGAGAGCCAUUAUGGGGGUUCGAUGAUGGGGGUGUACGACGAUACGUGGCGUCCCCGGAGGCACCACUUUGAUGAAUCAGAUGAGUUGCCAUUGCUGAGUGAUGAGUGCUUGGCGAUGAUGGUGGAAAGAGAGUGUCAACUCUGGCCUGGUGUGCCUUACUUGAAUAGGCUUCAGACUGGGAAUUUAGACUUCGGUGCCAGAAGGGAGGCCAUUGAUUGGAUUCACAAGGUCCGAUCGCGUUUCGGUUUUGGUCCACUCUGCGGAUAUCUAUCUAUAAAUUACAUGGACCGGUUCCUUUCUGCAUAUGAAUUACCAAAGGGAAGAGUUUGGACAAUGCAAUUGUUGGCUGUGGCCUGUUUAUCUCUGGCAGCCAAAGUAGAUGAGACAGAAGUUCCAGUGUGUCUUGAUUUACAGGUGGGUGAAUCAAAGUUUAUAUUUGAGGCUAAAACUAUAAAGAGAAUGGAGCUUUUAGUACUGAGCACAUUGAAGUGGAGAAUGCAAGCAAUCACUCCUUUCACCUUCCUUGAUUACUUCCUUUGCAAGAUCAAUGGUGAUCAAAGUCCAUUAAAGUCUUUAGUCAUGCGAUCUAUCCAACUGAUAUCAAACACUGCAAGAGGAAUUGAGUUCUUGGAAUUCAAACCAUCAGAGAUUGCAGCAGCAGUGGCCAUGAAUGUCAUGGGGGAAACCCAACCUGUUGACACAGAGAAAGCAAUUUCUGUUCUGAUUCAACACGUAGAAAAGGAGAGACUAUUGAAGUGCAUUAAAAUGAUCCAAGAGUUGUCAUCCGACAGUGGCUCUGUCAAGGAUUCAAGUGCUUCUGUCUCUUGCCUACCCCAAAGCCCAAUAGGUGUGUUAGAUGCUUUGUGCUUCAGCCACAAAAGUGAUGACACAAAUGCUGGUUCAUGUGCUAAUUCUUCACACAAUACUCCUGAUGCUAAAAGGAGGAAGCUAAAUAAAACCUGUGGAGCAGAGCUAUUGGAGGGAUGUGGAUUGGUUUCUUUGCUCGUGGGCUUUUCUUUCGUCCGUGGGCUUUUCAAACAGACGCACUUAGUUGAUAUCCGUUUGUUAGAAGAAGAUGACAAAACGGAUCAAAUCCACAACCAAAUUGGCUCCAUGGUCUCAUGUCCCACUCUACCCCACAAUACUCAAAUGCAUCAUCUUAAUGGGACCCUGGAGUAUACAGUCACUGAUAACUUUGCCACUGUAAAAGUAAAACAAAAUAAAAAACUUACAAAGAAGAAGAGUGAGGGCAGGAUUUUAGAAAUAGAAAGUCAAUACGUGCGUUUGAUGCAGAGAAAGGCAUAUAUGUCAAUGCAUGCUCUAUAUAAUUCAACUCCCGUGCUGUCUUGUGGGUUGGAGUUUCCACAUCCACUUUCCACUUUGACUGGUUGGGAAGUAGUUAUGGUGUGCCAAGCAGCUAGUCAAACGAGAUUUCGGGCAUUGAAACAUGAAAAUGGAAUUGCCGGGAACUCCACCAUUAUUGUUAGAGUUAUAGCAUGUUUUCAACCUCUCAGGGAAUGCCAGGCUGAAUAUUUCCGUCAUUUGCUCAAACCUGUCACGUAA